GAAGCUACAAACACUGUGGGUGGAAGUCCCCUCCCUGGUGCCGCCUGCAACUGGGGGCGCGGACACUACUUUCCUGGAGGUGGAGGUGGAGACGGAGCCUGGUCUCAGAGGUCCUGAAAUAGUCACCAUGGGGGAAAACGACCCGCCGGCUGCCGAGGCCCCCUUCUCCUUCAGAUCGCUUUUCGGACUUGAUGAUUUGAAAAUAAGUCCUGUUGCACCAGAUGCCGAUGCGGUGGCUGCCCAGAUCCUGUCUCUGCUGCCACUGAAGUUCUUCCCCAUCAUUGUCAUCGGGACAAUUGCGUUGAUAGUGGCACUGGCCGUGGGCCUGGGCAUCCACUUUGACUGCUCCGGGAAGUACAGGUGCCGGUCAUCUUUUAAGUGCAUCGAAAUGACCGCUCGAUGCGACGGGGUCUCGGACUGCAAAGAUGGGGAGGACGAGUACCGAUGUGUCCGCGUGAGCGGUCAGAACGCGGCACUCCAGGUGUUCACAGCUGCUGCCUGGAGGACCAUGUGUGCUGACGACUGGAAGAGCCACCACGCUGCUGUUGCCUGUGCACAGCAGGGGUUUCCCAGCUACGUGAGUUCAGACACCCUCAGAGUGGACUUGCUCGAGGCGCGGUUCCGAGAGCACUUUGUGUCCAUCAGCCACCUCCUGCCAGGUGACAAAGUGACUGCUUUACAGCACUCGGUGCACUUGAGGGAGGGGUGUGCCUCGGGUCACGUGGUCACUUUGACGUGCUCAGCCUGCGGUCGGAGGAUGCGCGACAGCGCACGCAUCGUGGGUGGGAACGCGUCCUCACUGGCGCAGUGGCCCUGGCAGGCCAGCCUGCAGUUCCAGGGCUACCACCUGUGCGGGGGCUCCCUCAUCACCCCGGUGUGGAUCGUCACAGCUGCUCACUGCGUCUAUGAUCUCUACCUCCCCAAGUCGUGGACUAUCCAGGUGGGGCUGGUUUCCCUGCUGGACAGCCCAGCCCCCUCCCACCUGGUGGAAAAAAUCGUCCGCCACAGCAAGUACAAGCCAAAGAGACUGGGCAAUGACAUCGCGCUCAUGAAGCUGGCCGGGCCUGCCUCCUUCAGUGAGAUGAUCCAACCAGUUUGUCUGCCCAACUCUGAAGAGAACUUCCCCGAUGGGAAGAUGUGCUGGACGUCAGGAUGGGGGGCCACAGAGGAUGGAGGCGACACCUCCCCAGUCCUCAACCACGCCGCUGUGCCUUUGAUCUCCAACAAGAUCUGCAACCACAGGGAGGUGUAUGGGGGUGUCAUCGCCCCUUCCAUGCUCUGCGCCGGUUACCUGAAAGGCGGCGUGGACAGCUGCCAGGGAGACAGCGGGGGGCCCCUGGUGUGUCAGGAGAGGCGGGUGUGGAAGUUGGUGGGAGCCACGAGCUUCGGCAUCGGCUGUGCCGAGGUGAACAAGCCUGGAGUCUACACCCGUAUCACCUCCUUCCUGGACUGGAUUCACGAGCAGAUGGAGAGGGAUCUGAAAACUUGAAGAGAAAGAAGCAAGUUACCACCUUGAGUUCCUGCCAAGAUGGAGCCAUCCCUGCCCUUCCGUGGAAUCCCGUGUGGAAACUUCGAGCAGCAGAGCCAAAAGAAGGAGCAUCUUUUCAUUCCUCUACAAGUAGAACAGUUUUCUUCUAACACCUCUAACCAGCCAGAGGGGCAAUGGACUGAAAUGACCCUGAAAGUCCUUUCUGACCUUCACUAACAGCAGAAGCAGGAACACCUCCCAAGGGCUACCUUUUCCCUACUUGUCCGUCCGCUUUCCUCCCAUGCAGAGCGGUCCACGCCGCAGCCACUCAGCAAAGACGCGGCAGCCUGGACCUGCAGGCGUCACUGCAGAUGCCGCUGUCUGCACAUCUGUAUCCAGGCACCAGAACCGGACCCAAAUUUUCUACCAAGAUCUCUUUUCACAUGUGGGAACUUAACCUCUAUGUGAUUAUAGUU